CCGCUUUGAUGGCAGUGGCAUGAAGUUCACGGGACGGGGACGCUGCGCAAGGUAGGUGGUAGGAGAUCCAGGGGUGAUGUUUUCCUAAACUGAAGCUUGGUCAAAGACGGAGGCGGUGACGGUUCUUGCUUGCUGGAGCCUCGGAGUUGGGAUGGCAAUUCUACCCACCCGUGGAUAAGGACAUUCAGGACAAUCUGCUUCGCAUUCAGGACAAUUCAUCUUGUUCUCAGCUCGCGUUCCCUUGUGCAGUUGGCCAGUUGUGGCAGCAACACUUUGCUAAUUUCUUCCAUGGCAUGCUCGUUCCCCUGCUAGUGACGCUCGCCAAUGGGGGCUGUGAGGCGCGUCUUCCCGCUGUCCCGGCCUCGGGAGCGCGCGCUGCCCACCUCCCCCCUCGUCCUGCUUGGCUGCGCAUUCUUCGCCGUCGCCGCCUUCGCCGGAGACAGCAUCGUCCCCGGCGACGGCAUCUCCGGGAACGAGACGCUGGUCUCCAAGAACGGCGAGUUCGAGCUGGGCUUCUUCUCCCCGGGCGACAACAUCCACUUCUUCCUCGGCGUCCGAUUCAAGAAGAUGCCGAGCACCAGCCCCAAGUUCUGGGUCGGGAACAGGGUCCCGGUCACCGACCUCUCCACCUCGGCGCUCGUGGUCUUCGACGGCAGCCUGUGCAUCAAGGAGGCCGGGGCUAACCUCUGGUGCUCGCCGCCCGCUGCCGCCUCCGCCGCCGCGGUGCUCCUCGACAACGGAAAUCUUGUGGUGAGGGAUCAGGCCAACUCUUCUCGGAUCUUGUGGCAGAGCUUCGAUUACCCCGGCGACUCGCUGCUGCCCGGCGCGAAGCUCGGGUUCGACGGGGACACCGGGAGCAACAUCUCCAUGACGUACGAGCACUACCCGCACAAUGGCAGCAUCAGCGUCGAUCAGAGCAGGAGGAACGGGUUCGUGCUCACCAUCGACGGGCUCGGAAUUCUGGGGACCUUCCCGGAUUGGUUGGUUGCAUCUCAAGACAACGGCAGCUCCCUAAUGCUGAAUCGCCCGAGCCCAAAUCUGAUUGAAUUCUUGCAGCUCCAUCUCGGGCAAGUCAGCUUGAUGCGGUGGUCAGAGGAUUCUGCAUCAGCAAACAAAAGUGGCUGGGUGGCUCGUUGGACCUUCCCUUCAGAUUGCAAAUCCAGCGGCUUCUUCUGUGGUUCCUUUGGUGCCUGCACAAGCAACGGCAGAUGCGAUUGCCUCGAUGGAUUUGAGCCUUCGUAUCCGGCUGAGUGGGGGCUUGGAUACUUUGUCACCGGUUGCUCGAGAUCUCUUCCACUGAGCUGCGAGGCAAAUGGCCAGACUGAACAUGAUGACUCGUUUAUCCUGAUGAACAAGCUACAGGGGCUCCCUUAUGGCCCUCAGGAUGAUUUAGCAGAAAGUGAUGAAGAUUGUAAACAAGCCUGCUUGAGCAAUUGUUACUGUGUUGCGUAUGUGUAUGACGUCUCCGUAUGCAAGCUAUGGUACGACAAGCUGUACAACGUGAGUUUUGCUUCUAGACCUCCAUACAGCAAGGUUUAUGUUCGUUGGGGUUCCAAGCUCCGGGCCAAAAAUGGUCUACACAAGAGAGCUAUUUUAUUGUUGGUGGCAGGAUUUAUAGCAUUGGCUUCUGUGAUAUUGAUACUGGCGCUUCUAUGGAGAUAUAGGAGAGAUUUAUUUACUUGCAGAAAGUUUCAAGUAGAGGGUUCUCUGGUUUUCUACUCUUAUGGGCAGAUCAAGAAAGCUACAAGGAGUUUCUCUGAUAAACUUGGCGAGGGAGGUUUCGGUAGUGUUUUCAAGGGAACAAUGCCAGGACCAGAAUCAACUGUUGUCGCUGUGAAGAGUCUCAAAGGCAGUGGGCACGCAGAUAAGCAAUUCAGAGCAGAAGUGCAGACAGUUGGAGUGAUCAAGCACACUAACCUUGUCCGUCUUCUGGGAUUUUGUGUUAAAGGGGAUAUGAGGUUGCUGGUCUAUGAGUAUAUGCCUAAUGGUUCUUUGGAGUCACACCUCUUUUCAGAAAGGUCUGGUCUUCUGAAUUGGGAUGUUCGCUACCGAAUCGCACUAGGUAUUGCAAAGGGUCUAGCCUAUCUUCAUGAAGAAUGUGAGGACUGCAUCAUACAUUGUGACAUCAAGCCUGAAAACAUACUACUUGAUGAGGAAUUCUGCGUUAAAAUCUCAGACUUUGGCAUGGCAAAGCUUCUUGGACGUGAAUUCAACUCUGCAUUGACCACCAUCCGAGGAACCAUUGGAUAUCUCGCACCAGAGUGGAUAUCUGGACAGCCUAUCACUAAAAAGACAGAUGUUUAUAGUUUUGGCAUCGUGCUUCUUGAAAUAGUCUCGGGCAGAAGGACUACAAGGAGAUUGAAAUUCGGAAAUCAUCGAUAUUUCCCUCUUUAUGCAGCCGCUCAAGUGAAUGAAGGGAAUGUGAUGUGCUUACUGGAUAGUAGGCUGGAAGGGAAUGCUAAUGUCAGAGAGCUUGACAUCACCUGCAGAGUUGCCUGUUGGUGCAUCCAGGACGACAAGAAUGAUAGGCCAUCAAUAGGGCAAGUUGUUCGAAUGCUGGAAGGCAUUGUGGACACUGAAAUCCCUCCAAUUCCACCUUCCUUUCACAACCUUAUGGAGGGUGAAAGCAGUGGUAUAUAUUCCGACGAAGGAUAAAGUUUUACAAGAGUGGGGAAAAUUGUGACGUGCUCGAUGCUCCAAGGUUGUGCCAUAAUUGUAAAAGUUUUUCCGUUGCUAGACAACAACACCAAUUUCUUAACUGAUUGACCUACUAGAUAUGGGUACCAUAUCCAUCCUGUAGGGAUUGUAUUUGUAUAUACCCAGGAAAUGCAAUGGAAAAUUGAAGAUUCUUGUCC